CAAUACAUUAUAGAUAAGAGGUUAGAAACGCUAUUUAAUAAAUAUUUACCAAAUUUUGACGUUUUAAUAUUAAGAAUCAAAGAUAUUGAAUAUAACAUAUUUGUUCAUCUGAAUAAAAAUACCAGACAUUCUCUUUCUAUGGAAUACGACAUUACGAUAUUACCACCACAUUAUCUACUGUCACUUAUCUCUAAUCAAAAAGACUCUAUAUACCUAAUUCUACUAAGUACAUUAUAUACAAAAUCUGUAUAUUAUGGAAUAUUUGUGACAUUUUAAUAGAAUUACAUUAACAAAUUACGAAUUUAAAACUAUUUGAAAUGCAGAAUAUUGAAUCCUCUUGGCGAAAAGAUGGUGAUUGGAAAGCACGCUACUCCAAAUUAUAUUCCUCACGGCACAUUUUUACGCCCAAGGAAGAAGAGCCACGUCGUAUCUCAUUUAUGAGCAACGAUUCUUCUCCAUAUUCAAGCCUGCUAAUGAAGGCACGAGGGAACCAACAAGAAUCUUUAUGUAACUCCGAAGUAUCUAGUCCUCGGUAUCUUACCUCUUUGCUAUCCCAACGCAGUGAGGUAUACAACAGCUGCACUGAUACACAUGCAAUGCAACCAGACAAUUUAGGGGGUAAUGAAACAAUGUUGUUGGAAAUGGUACGAGCACGUAGUCGAGAGCUACAAGAGGAAGCACAAGAUCAAACACUCGAAUUACCUCGUGAUGACAUCUCCGAUGAUCAAUCAAGUGAAGCCUGCGUACACGGUCUGAGUAUACGCAUGACAGAGCGAAGUAUAUCUCGUUCCCGCGUCUCCAGGAUAUCGACCCGGCGCGACAUGGAUAUACCCUCGAUCCUUGCCUUCACCACCACCUCUGCUCCUGCCCCGAUAAACAUCUCUACACAACUCGAAAUACCAGCAUUCAAAAAAAUUAGCACUUCGCAAACACAAGAAAUACCUCGAUGGUCUAUUCGACGGUCGGUCUGUCCAGUUUGUUCCCAAAAGUGGAAAGAUCGUAGUUCUAUCACUAAUGUUAAAUAUUCAGGCUUAAAGAAAAAUUCUUCAUCAGUUUCUUCAUCAGUAAUAGCACCAGCACGGUUGCGAGCAUCCAUCACUAUGGGAUACGUUCCUCACCCUGCAUUAGCCGCUGUAGACGAAGAUAUGGGCGUAACUCUUGGAGGAUUACGAAACACCGGAGCAUCCUGGCAACUGACACGUGCUCGUCGAUUCCGUGCUCCAAAACGACAACUGGCACCACCAGAAACUACUGCGCUGCCCACGGCUACAGCACCAUUAGUACGAAAGGAUUUAGACAUCCGGGUGAGCCAGUUCCUAACCGAUGAAGCUGUUGGACUUGCAAAUUAACACAGCAAUUUUUUACAUAACUAAAUUAAUAAAA